AUGUCUGUACCUUCCAUCUUAGUAUUUCCUCCUUUGGAAGAGGCCUACUCUGAGCCUUGUCUAUCCUACUCGCCCGAUGAAGCCAUUAAACCGCUCUUGAAUCCUACGCUAUCUAUCCCCAUAUCUGCAAUGAACUCGUUGAUCCAGCUGUUUACUAGUCUGCCUGAACUCAACCAGGAACUUCCUGUAAACUCUCCAGACGUUGCCAUUGCCAAGUUUUCUGCCAUGGCUCAAACACUGCAUCUGCGUCAUGACAUUAAACUAUCUCCAUCGGAUAUCCUCUCUGCUCUAUACUGGCUACAGGAAUGCCUAGAUAUUACUUUAAAUUCUGCUCCUGCAAACUUUGAACAAGUUGCUCGCAGUUUCUUAGAUUGCGUGUUGCUCAAAACCCGCUUUGGCCGGAGAUUUGACCAUCGUAUUACUGAUCAUCAACCCAUCGCCAGUGAGAUUCCUCUUGGAAACCCAGUCUCCAACAUACCGCACAAACCCACCAACUCCAUCUUGACACUAGACAUCACCUCACAUUCCCAGUCUGCAACUGUUUCUUUGCUCACACUACUCAAUACCCAUUUUGGUCGAUCUCCACCUUCUUUAUUCUUUGGUGGCGAUCCUUCCAAAUUUCACGGUGCCAACAGAAACAUUGAUGAUUUUUCAAUGCUGCCUACAAAGAAACACUUUCAGCUUCUUCCUUAUUUCUUACUAAUAAGCUUCAAUCGUGCUGUGUUGGACACUACUCCAAAUCCAGCCACUGCAAUUUCCAAUGGCCAAACCGAUUUCAUUUUGAAUAAGCCAUAUAAUGAGAGUACAAAUGCUUCAAAAUACUCUCAUCUUGGUGGUACGUGCACACCUACAGACUCGGGUACUCCAAAAUAUCAUGCGACUUCAAUCGAGCUUCCUCUCGAGCUAGAUCUAGGGUUUUAUCUAGAUCCAAACGCUGAGAUGCCUGCGCAUGCUGGGUUUAGACAAGAUUCCCGUAUACCUACCUUUUAUCGUCUGCAUGGGUUUGUUACCCAGCUUCAAGCUCAUUUUAUGACAUAUACACGAUUAAGAGGCGGAACGUUGUGGUUCAAGUGUGAUGAUGAGGUUGUCGGUAGUGUUGAUUUGGGUGCUCGAGUUGCAUCUAAAGGCGUCAUGGUUGCUUUGUAUCGCAUGCAGGAUCAGUAG